AUGGGUUGGGGCGUGACAUUGGAGAAGAGAGGACUUGCUGUGCACCCCAAGUCCGCGGUGAAGGCUACAAUCGCCUUUCCUUUGUUUGAGCGUCGAGGGGAGGACCAGCUAGGCGAUCCAGUAGGUCGUUGUCGUCACUGCAAUGAGUUGUCGAUGUGCCUAGAUGGCGGCUGUUGGACUGCGGUUGCUGGCUAUUGCCAUGGUGGUCUUCGAUUGAGCUACGCUGUGACCUGCUGGAUAGGUUGUGGCUGGGCUCAGGCCGAGGUGCUGCGCCGGUGGCUCAGCUUUUUACUGAUCAUGUAUUCCGAGGAUGGUAGUCGAUCACCGAGUUCGCAAGUACCUCUAUACUUGUGGGGUGGUUCCAAGUUCCAAAAGUGGCGUGCCACUUAUGCUUUUGCCAUACCAGAUGACAUGCAUGUCAAGCUGGCGGAGUCUUCGAGCGACGAUGCACCUUAUGUGGACUCGAGUGAUCCAGAUGCUAGGAUUAUCACAUUCUGUCCCUUCUAUUUCUCCUUGGGCUUCACGUUCCUAUUAUCAAAGUUUGUUAGGAAGGUUUUCUGCAUCAUGGAGUGUGCCCCAACCAAUGUACUUGAACAUCUACCGGGCGAUCAUCGCUACGAGAAGUAUGCUAAAGUUCGUGCGUGCAAAGCCAAGUUGUUUGACAAUUUUAGCCAAGGUGAUCAAGUAUGGCAUGCCGAUGUGCUGGAAGUCAGCGGGCGGUGGUCGAUGAUGGUCCACUUAUUCCAUCAUUUACUACGACAAUGUGUCAUAUUGCUAGUUUGA